CUUCUCAAUUUCGAUUUUACAGAAGGACACAAACACUCGUCAUCAGCAUCAUGUACACCACGACCCUCGCUCUCCUCUGCACUCUCGCGGCGGCCGCGUUCGCGGCACCGGCGGCGAAACAAUCGAAGGACGAGCCGGUUCCGAUCCUGGCCUACAGCUUCGACGGGCCGAAUCCGGAGGGUUCGUACAGCUACAGCUACGAGACCGGGAACGGCAUUAAGGCGCAGGAACAGGGCCAGCUGGCGAAGAUCGCCGGCGACGAGGACGCUCUUCGCGUGCAAGGCUCCUUCAGUUACGUCGGCGUCGACGGCAAUACCAUCGGCCUGACUUACGUCGCCGACGAGAACGGCUUCCAGCCGAAGGGCGACCACUUGCCAACCCCGCCUCCAGUGCCCGCCGACAUCCUGAAGGCUCUGGAAUACAUCGCCGUGCAUCCCGAGGAGGACAACCUGUGAGAGUGACCUGCGGCGCAGCGGGUCGUUCCGACUGAAGUCAUACGCGAGUCGGGUCAGUCUAGAAAGAGUUCGAUUCUCAAUCUCUGAGUCCACUCUCAUUCGAUUUGCGAUAGUUGAGUGAGCAUGAAUCGUUCAUCAACCAAACGUCGUUAUCCGUGAUUCUUCGUCAACGUUCUAACGUUGCCA